AGUGUUAGUGUUAGUGUUAGUGUUAGUGUUAGUGUUAGUGUUAGUGUUAGUGUCAUUGUUAUUGUCAGACAAUUGUCGUGUCAUUUCUCAUUCUCAUUUCCAUUUCCAUUUCCAUUUCUCGUGUCUCGUGUCUCAGUCUCGCCUUUUUUCUCAGUCGUUUCUCUCGCCGUUUAUCGCUUCUUGUGUCUUUCCUCCGCCGCACUGGCCAAUUUGCCUAAUUGAGUAAAACUUCACUUACACGACAAAAAGAUCAGAAACAUCCCAGACAAAUCAAAACAACAUCCAACACUACACCCUUCCCCCGUAUCACGAGUAUCACAAUCACAGCCCUCAUGACUACUGUACAUCUGGUAGAUACUCCAACACAGCUACUUCAGCCAUUCCAUAAAUUAUCCUUAUCUCCUGUUGAAGAUGAUCAAUUAUCAUUACCAUCAUCUCCACCAUCUAUACCUACCAUUAGUAGUACUAGUAGUAUCAAUAAUACCAAUACCCAUCAUGUAAUUGCACCAUCCAAGCCAAGAAAGGAAAAGACAAGGGAAAGAAGUCGUAUCAAUCCAAAAGUUAAUCAAUAUGAAAUCAUUACCACUUUCUUAACUCAAAUUCUUAAUCUUGAUGAUCCUAAGGCAAUUCUGGGAUCAUUCACUUCUCGAUCAAUUACAACGGAUAUUUUACCAACCAUUAGAUUUCCUAAUAAUGUAUGGUUAAUUGAUGAUAUUUCAGUUAAAGAUGUAAAGAUUAAAAACAAUUUACUUCAAGAAAUUAAUAUUAUGUUUGAACAACAAUUAGUUAAACAUCCAAAUAAUUCAAGUACUAGUACUAGUACUAAUACAAAUAAAAAUAUUAAUAUUGAUACCCAAAUUAAUUAUUAUGAAAAAUUGUUGGGAGCUUAUAAAGUAUAUAAUUUACCUUCACAACCACCUCCUACAUCUACUUCAACCAUUAGAUACUCGGGAGAAAAUUAUGCUCCUCCUAUGUUGAGUUUACAUGAAUUGGAUGAAUCUCCAUAUGAACCUCCUCAUACACCAUCAUCAACUCAUUCCCAUUCUUUCCCAUCUCCUUCCACUCUCGAUGAAUCUGUAUCUAAAACUAAAAAGAGAUUCUCUGUAUUAUUGAAUCAUUCCAAUCCAAAUAGUCCUGAAUUAAAUUCAACGGAAACUUUAACUACCAGUCAAUCAAAUUCGAAUAAUAAUAGCUCCACUUCCACCACUUCCACCACUUCUAAUAAUAAUUUUAAUUCAAUUCUUUCUAAAUCCAAAUUGUAUAAUAAAUUAAAGAAACAUCGUGAAUCCUCAUCUCCUGUUUUACCUUCAAAUCCUGUCAUUGCUUCUCAUUCAAAUGGGAAUGGGAAUGGGAAUGGGAAUGGGAAUGGGAA